CGACAGCAGCAGCCACGACCCACGCCAUCCGCCUUCACAGAAGACAUGGACGCAGGUCUCCACUGGGUCGAUGUUCCGACGCACCUACUACGCGCGGAACUGCUCCGUCGCGACCAGAAUGAACGUCCCGAGUGCGGAACAAAGGGCUCGAGAGGAUCAUACAAUACUCCAAUCCACGUAUUCGCUCUGCUGCUGAUCCUGGCACUCAGUACAGGAGCAUGCUCCUUUCCAAUCAUCGUCAAACGAUUCCCUGCGUUUCCCGUGCCUCACACGUUCCUCUUUAUAUCGCGACACUUCGGCACCGGUGUUCUCAUUGCAACUGCCUUCGUUCAUCUUCUUCCGACCGCCUUUCAAUCUCUCACCGAUCCAUGCCUCCCACACUUCUGGAACAAGGGCUACUCUGCCAUGCCCGGCUUGAUAGCCAUGGUGGCUGUCUUCGUGGUCGUGGGCAUAGAGAUGUUCUUUGCAUCCAAAGGUGCUGGGCACGUCCAUGAUUACGAAGCAUUUGGUGGAGACGAACAUGGACAUCAGGAGCGGCCGGGCCACAGACGAACCAACAGUCUCGGGAGGUUCAGGGUUGACUCACACGUCCCAGCCAUUGUGCUGCAUGACAUGCCGGCUUCCUCAGACAAUCUAAUGGCAGGCACAUCACCGUCCGUCGGUCCACCAUCACCUAUGAGCGUUUCUGAGGAAGCCACUGGCCCCGCUACCGCAUCCAAACAUACAUCUGAGCAGGAUGACGAUGACGACUCUGAUCUGGAGAUAGACCUCGAAGAGCUUGGUCCACAUCGUUCCAACGAUUCUGAUGAUGAAUCUCGUUUGCUUUCACGCCCUACGGCGCGUAAAGAGCACACCCACAAGUCUGAGCAGACACCUGAAAUGACUGAGGCCCAGCACAAAAAGCAAUUGUUGCAGUGUUUGUUGCUCGAGGCCGGCAUUCUCUUCCACAGUGUCUUUAUAGGCAUGGCGUUAUCCGUAGCGACUGGUACCUCGUUCGCAGUCCUCCUCGUUGCCAUCGCUUUCCACCAAACGUUCGAAGGAUUUGCCUUGGGAUCUCGUAUUAGCGCUGUCCGAUUUCCUCCUGGCUCCAUCAAGCCUUGGCUGAUGGCGCUGGCCUAUGGCACCACCACCCCUAUCGGCCAGGCGAUCGGUCUGUCCAUCCAUACUCUAUACGACCCGAAUAGCCAGACUGGGUUGUUGACUGUCGGGUUCAUGAAUGCGAUAUCUAGCGGGCUGCUACUCUUUGCCGGUCUAGUCGAACUUUUAGCCGAAGAUUUUCUGAGUGAUCACAGCUAUAUAUCGUUGAAGGGCAAGCGACGUUUGCAAGCUUGCGCUAGUGUAGUGGGUGGUGCGCUUCUGAUGGCAUUGGUUGGCGCAUGGGCAUAG